AACCCCACUCUCUCUCUCUACACCGCGCAGAACAAACAAAGCUUUCACUUCAUUUCGCUUUCUCUCGAUUUUUCCUCUCUCCACUCCAAAAACUCAAUACAUAUAUACACCCACCGUAUGUAUCCGUUCAUGAAACCUCCCCUUUCUCCUCCGAUUUUGUUUAUCUAGAUCUUCGGUGGAAGCUCUGGUUUUUUGCGAUCGUAGUUGAUAGAAGCAUGUGCAGUGGGCUUGAGAAAUCAAAUUCCAAUUCUUGUACAACUCAAGGGCCAGCUGUUAACCAAUCAAACAUGAAGGAUUUGAACAACUUAUCUGUAGAGACUGAGGGUUCACUCUCCAGUUUGCUUGAAUUUGCUGCCAACAAUGAUAUUGAAUCUUUCAAGAGAUUGAUAGAGGUGGAUCUGUCUGUGGUUGAUGAGGCUGGACUUUGGUAUGUUCGCAAGAAAGGUUCAAAGCAAAUCAGCCAGGAAGAAAGAACUCCAUUGAUGGUAGCCGCUACUUAUGGUAGCGUUGAUGUAUUGAAGCUACUGGUGGCUUUGCCUGAAGUUGAUUUAAAUAAAUCAUGUGGCGGCAACAAGUGGACUGCGCUACAUUGUGCAGCUUUUGGAGGUUCUGUCCACGCAUUUGAUGUUGUAAAGUUGCUGUUAUCUGCUGGUGCUGAUCCCAAUAUUGAGGAUGCCUGUGCCCUGCGUCCAGUUGACGUGAUUGUAGUUCCUCCAAAACUUCCUGGAGCUAAAGCUGCUCUUGAGGACUUGCUCAUGAACAACAUUUCUGAUGGGUCUGUUGGUGAGUGCAAUUUACGGAUCACCAUAUCUGGUUCAAAUGCAUCUUCCCCUAUACUGUCAUCAUCACCUGAAAGUAGGUCUAUGGGUUCGCUCUCUGAUUCUGUUUCUUCUCCCACAGCUCCUAAGUUUGGUGAUCCUGCUGCUAAUUCUGUGUCAGAGAAGAAACAAUAUCCUGUGGAUCCAUCUCUACCAGACAUUAGAAAUAGUAUCUACUCAACUGAUGAAUUCCGCAUGUUCUCAUUCAAGGUCAGGCCGUGUUCAAGGGCAUAUUCUCAUGAUUGGACUGAAUGCCCUUUUGUACACCCUGGAGAAAAUGCUCGCAGAAGAGACCCGCGGAAGUACCACUACAGCUGUGUCCCUUGCCCUGAUUUUCGAAAGGGCGCAUGUAGGCGUGGGGAUAUGUGCGAGUAUGCUCAUGGUGUGUUUGAAUGCUGGUUGCACCCUGCUCAGUAUCGGACCAGGUUGUGCAAAGAUGGCACAGGCUGUGCCAGACAGGUGUGCUUUUUUGCUCACACCCAGGAAGAGCUUCGUCCUCUCUAUGUCUCUACUGGAUCUGGUGUGCCAUCUCCAAGAUCUGUGGCCUCUGCAUCAAGCUUCAUGGACAUGGCUGCAGCCUUAAGCCUUAUGCCUGGCUCCCCGACAUCACAGUCUGUGAUGUCUCCUUCUGCAUUCAAUCAAACCAUGUCGCCUACUGCAAAUGGAAUGUCUCAUUCAUCUUCUGGAGCCUGGACUCAACAGAAUGUCCCAACUCUCAAUCUACCCGGCAGCAAUCUGCAAUCCAGUCGACUGAGAUCUUCCCUAAGUGCUCGCGAUAUUCCACCUGAGGAUCUGAACAUGUUGCAGGAUUAUGAUUCCCAGCAGCUUAUUUUAAAUGACAUGGCCUGCUUUUCACAACAAGGCAAUUCUGCUAGGCUGGGUUCUGGCCGGUCCCAGACAAUGUUGACUCCUUCCAAUCUUGAAGAGCUUUUUUCUGCUGAGAUUGCAUCAUCUCCAAGACUUUCUGACCAGGCAGCGGGUUUUGGCGUUUAUUCUCCUUCACAUAAAUCAGCUGCUCUUAAUCAGUUCCAACCACAGCAAAACAUUUUAUCACCCAUAAAUACUAAUGUUUUUUCUCCAAGAAAUGUUGAACAUCCUUUGUUGCAGGCUUCUUUUGGUGUGUCAUCUCCAAGGAUGUCACCAAGAAGCUUGGAGCCAGUUUCCCCCAUGAAUGCCCGUCUCUCAGCUUUUGCUCAGCGCGAGAGGCAGCAGCAGAUGCGCAGCCUCAGCUCCCGGGAACUUGGGUCCAACCGUGCCCCUGUUGUGGGAUCUCCCACAAGUGCAUGGGCCAAGUGGGGACCGGCCAAUGGGAAAGUAGAUUGGUCAGUAGGCGCAGACCAUGAAGGUGGUCUCAAAAGAUCAUCCUCGUUUGAUUGCAGAGCUGAUGGAGAAGAACCCGACUUAUCAUGGGUGCAAUCUCUUGUCAAAGAAUCACCACCUGAGAUGAUGGACAAGGCCGCAGCACCAGCCCCAAAUUCUGGUGCUGCACCAUCCGGUGAGUGUUUGAAACCAAAUCCUCAAACUGAGUCCGUGGAUCACACUGUUUUAGGGGCUUGGCUUGAUCAGAUGCGACUUGAUCAACUCGUAGUCUAGCUGAACAGAAUGAAUUCUUUCUCACUUAGACAAGAAAAUGGUAGGAAGUAUAUAAAAAUUUUUGUGCUCUUUUUUGGCUCGCGAAAAAAGGUGCAAGUCGUAAGGUAGCAGCAGCAGCAAUGAUGAGCUUCGGGAGUUCUUAUUGGUAAACUGAUUUUUUUUUCUUAUUCAAAAAGAUGUACUAAAAACUCACCUCAUUUAUUGAUUAUUACUACCUGAGUUUUCAUUUGUUAUAUGGGGGCUGUACUAAACAAAACCAGCCCAAUUUGGGCACCUGUUCCUUUGUAUUCUGCUUAAUACGAAUUUUAUAUUUUCAAUG